GUUUGACCAGUCACACCCUGGCCUCUAUAAACACUAUUUAUUGAAUAAAAGAGUAAAUCAGUUUUUUUUGAUUUAUUAACCAAUGUCACUUCAACCUUCAAAGCAAGCAGUGCUGCAAGCUUACCGCAGUUUACUGAGGACACAAAAGCAAGUGUUUGACACUGAUUACAGAGCCAUUGAAGCUGCUAGAAAAGAAACGUAUGCACGAUUUAUGCAAUUUAAAGACGAGACAAAUACAGAUAUCCUUGAAGAAAAACUUCAGUUAGCUCGCCAGGUGGAUGUGUUACUAAGAAAGAAUGUCAUUCAAGGAGUUAAUCAAGGAAAUAAUACCUUUAAGUUAAGAAUCACAAAAGAUACAGAAUUAGGUGACAAUGACAGUAUUAAAAAAUCAAAAAACAUUCAUCGUAAAUCAAAGCAUACACAUCAAUGUUGUAGUCAACACAAAUAAAAUAGUAUUUUUCCCCUUUGCGAGUAGGAGUCCAAUGAAUGAGUUAAACAAAAGGUUAAAGCUGUCACAAUGAAACUGAUUGACAUAUGGAGGGGGCAAACUGUAAUGAUGCCCUA